GAGGCCUAUAUCUCAAUUAAAACUAACUACAAAACAAUUAAGCUUCAAUUUAAAUUGAUCUUCUAAACAGAAAACAAAUGGAGGGCAAGCACCAGAGGAUCAAUAUAAUUGCAGUUCUGAUUUUGCUUUCAUUAGUGCAACUAAUGUCAAGUGGAAAAGUGGUAGGAUGUGGUACUGGUAGUGAUGGUUGUGGAGCUUUUAACUGGUGUUGUGAUGGCUAUCAUUGUUCAAAUCUAUUAUCAGGAGGUGUAUGUGAACAAGAUCGAUGCAGGUUUUUGGGGGAGGGAUGUGCUAUUUCUCCAUGGGAUAUAAACGAAAGUUGCUGUGAAGGUUAUACAUGUAAUUAUAUAAUCGAAGGUUUUGGGCAUUGUACUAAAGCAUAAUUAAGACGAUCGACUAAUGCCAAUUACAAUCUCAUCUCCUACAAUUAAAAACUCUAAUGCAUCAUGCAUGCAGUUAUGCACCAUGGAAUAUAAACUCUAAUCAUGUUUCCCUUUUCUUUUAUGUAUCGUUCUGUAAUUCUCUCAUCAGGAAAUUCUAUGUAAUAUCAAUAUAAUGUUCCGUUUACUAUUUCGUUUUGUACUAAUUAAAUAAAUGAACGCAAUGCAAUAUACCCCUUGAUUUUGUGUGUU